AUGCCACCUAAAAGAAAUAAUUCUCGAAUUAUUGCAUUAUGUACCCAAUGUGGUAGUAGACGUGAACUACAAGCAUGUUUAGUAUGUGAAAAACCAAAAUGUAAACAAUGUUCAGAAAAACAUGAAAAACAACAAAAUUUUGACGCUGAAGAUAUUCGACAACAUAUAAUAGAAAAAAAACAAAAAUUAAAGUUUCGAAUCAACGAACUUCGAACACAAACAAAUAUUAUUCAAAGUUCGAUAAAGAACUGUUCAAAUAUUGCUUUAGAUGCAAUUAAAUCUCUACAAAAAAAUUAUGAAAAAACAAAAAUAGAAUUGAGAGUAAGACGAGAUAGUAUUUCACGAGAACUUGAAAAUUCGACAAAAGAUAAUGAAAGAUUAUUAGCUAAACUCAACACAUUAUGGAAAGAUCUUGAAAGAAAUCAAUUAUAUCAAAAAUUGCAAAAUACAAAUCUAUCUUCAUCUGAAUUUUUAAUUGGUAACUUAAGUGAAAUUGAACCACUUAUCAAUACAAUUGAAAAUUUACUGCGACAAAUUCAAAUUCAACAGGUUCAAAUUAAAAUGAAAAAUGAAUCUGCUCUUAGUUAUGAUACUCGCUCUGUGCUAUUAAGCGAUAAUAAUCGGCUAUUAUCAAGAAAAUCGAGCGGUGGACAUAUUGCUUUUGAUGCAUCAAGUCUUGUUGCCUAUUCACAAGACUGUUUUCAAUAUAUGCGAUAUUCAAUUGAUCUUGAUAUUAUUCCAUCUUUUAUUUCCGUAGUUAAAAAUUAUAUUUUUAUUUGUGACGAAGAUGGUUAUGUUCGAGUGUAUUCUUAUUCGAAAAAAUUACGCCGUCAACCAUUAUUAAAAGAAAAAUAUACUUUACAAGUGAGAAAAAUGAUUACAGCGUUUACAUGUACCACUGAUUAUUUGAUAUCAUACGAAAAAGAUGUAAAAUUACUUUCAUUCUAUAAUUAUCAUGGUGGUAUUAUUCACAAAUUAAUUAUACAAGAUUUACCCGAUCAACUGUUGUAUUCCGGUGAUGGAACAAAUGAUUUCUGGAUGUGUAGUCAUAUUACUUUUCGUUGUUCUCUAUAUAGCGUUUUAACAGGAGUAGACAGUACUGAUUUACAUUUAAAAUUAGUUCAUGAAAAGAACUAUAAGGCGUCAGCUGAUAUUGUUGAACCUGUGUGGUUAACUGCAAAUGAGAAAUUUGUUGGAAUUCAUGAUCUAAGUAAUACUAAAGAUCGAAUGUUACUCUAUGACAAGAAACAUCAUUAUCAAUAUGCAGUAGCAGUUUCAUUAGAAUGUGUUAAAUAUUAUCAUAAAAUUGAUACAUCAAAUAUUUAUUCAGUUUUACUUCAUCCUACGGAACCUCUCUUAAUUAUGAAAUAUGUACCUGAUUCAUACGAAAAUAAAUUUCAAGAAAUAGUUGUGGUCGAUUGGACAAAUUUUGAAGAGCCACAAGUUAUUUCUCGUAUUCAAGAACAAAAUAUUUAUGGAAUGGCUCUAACUGAUGAUAAUGAAGUUAUAUUUGGAGUUGUAAAAAGUAAAAAGAAAGGUGGAAAAUUAAUGGUUUAUAAUUUGGAAUGA